AUGCGACAGCCGCCAGACCCAAGAGAAGACGAGGACGACGGCGAGGAGGGCAAUGGUAUGGACCCAGCCCCACCGCUCGACCAGACGCUCAACGAUGGCACGACUAACAGCUCCUACCUUACCUCCACCUCCCUCCGCCUCUUGAUAAUUGGAAUUUUCGCCGAAGUAUACUUUUUGGACAAUCACAUCGUACGGAAAGUUCCCCGUAGUGAGAGUGAAGAAGAUCUGCAACCCACACUACGCGACGCUCUGAUUCAUGGCGUUCUUGGAAAUCAUCCACGGAUUGCCGAAUGCCUAUCACAGGGCAUAUCCGACUAUAUCGAGAUCAAAUACUAUCCUCGUGGUGACCCUGUGAAAUAUCUGGACAGGAACUCAAUUCCUCCCGAGCUUCGAUCCAAAUGGUACAAGCAGAUCUUGGAAGCUAUUGUUUUUAUCCAUAGCCGUGGUGUUAUCCAUUCCGACCUUGCUCUGCGUCAGUUUUUGAUUGAUGGAAACUUGGAUCUACGACUCGGGCUGAAGUUGAAACCAUCAUUUUCCGCAGAGUGCUUAACUGAAAAAGAACCCGGACUGUGGGGAAUGACAUAUCGCAAGCGGCCACUAAAUGAUGCGUGA